GCUUAUGUGACCGACUAGCUGCUUUCGAUAUUGCCAUCACACGUCGCUUUCUCUGCGUUGGCAUUUUGGCGUUUCUUUUUGCAACAUCCGUCUGACAUUCGGCUAAGACCCUGACUCUCCCGUCUGACCCGCAUGAGAGUAAACAAAGACUGGUACACACAAGCCCACCGACCUGCCACAUCACGGCGCACGCCAUUCUGUGCAUCAAAGCUCGAAACACGCCUACACGCAAUAUCGUUGCCCAGCCAGCUCAAUAGUACAUAAUGACUUCGACACAGCAGCAGCCAGCGCUUGCAACUACCAAGCGCAAGUUCAACAAACUCCUCGACAAUCUCACUGCAAGUACAUCCACCACUUCACUCGCGAAUAGCCUCCAAGAAUCGAACGCAUCGACGGAAUCACUUUCGGAUCUAGAUGAUCCAAGUCAACCAAACAAACGCCCACGCAGCGCAGGAUUGAGCACAGAGCGAGAACGGAACAUAUCAGAGGGCCAGGAGCGCAUACGACAACUGAAAGAGCAACUUAUGACGCCACGAAGAGAAGGAACCGUCAGAGUUGUAGGAAAGACGCUAUAUACCCCCAAAGCAUCGACGCCAAAGGCCUCGACACCACGCAAAGAACCAAACUUCCAACCCUACAGCCAAGAACAUUUCCUAGCGAGGCUCAAGACAUUCGCAGAUGUGAAGAAGUGGACCACAAAACCAGAUGCGAUAAACGAGGUCGAGUGGGCCAUGAGAGGAUGGAGCUGCGACAUCUGGAACACAGUCGCCUGCAAGGGAGGGUGUGAGAACCGUGUGGCGGUCAAACUGAGACCCAAACGAAAAGAUGCAAGUGGAAGAGACCUUGAAAUGAGCGAAGACCUAACGAUUGAGGUCGACAAUGCGUUGGUGGAAAGGUACAAAGAACUGAUAGUUGAGGGACAUGCCGAAGAUUGCUUGUGGAGGAAGAGAGGCUGUCAAGAAGAUAUUUAUCAUAUCCCCAUCGCAUCGCGAGCGAAGAGCUCAGCUGAAUUGCUCGAUCGAUAUCGCUCUCUCAGGGCCAUAGCUACCGACCUACCCUUUCUCGAACACAUCACAUAUCCCGAGCCGUCGAUACGCCGCAUCGUUGAGCGCAUACCCUCUACAUUCUUCACAUCGACACCCGACACUCCAUACCCUACGUCAUCAACUGACAUUGUAGCCUUUGGCUUUGCUCUUUUCGGAUGGACAGGCGUCUCAGAAUCGCGCAUCUCCCUCGCAGUAUGCAACCACUGCUUCCAGCGCCUCGGUCUCUGGCUUUCCUCUGCCUCGCGUCUGCAAGAAAUGAGCCGAAAACUCGAAGUACCCGUGGACAGCCUCCGUCUGAACCUCGUAGAAGCCCACCGCGAACACUGUCCCUGGAAAAACGCAGAGGUACAAGGAAACUCUAAAGACGGUCCCAUAGCAAACAUGGCAGCCUGGCAGACGCUGCAAUUCAUACUCCUCGGUAGACCCAAAGACGCCUUUUCAUCUUCCUCUGGCGCCGCUGUUGCUCCGAGUACCCCGCAGAAAUCGACGCCGAGGAAAUCGCAUACCGGCCGCACAGACAGUGUCGAGUUGGAUGCGGAGCUCGAGUAUCCACGCGGCAGUAUGGAUAGCGUUGAGCGACCCAAGUACAAUGACGAGGAUGAAGAGGGAGGCCUCAAAGAGAAAUGGAUCAAGUUGAAAGCAAAAUUGAAACGCAGUGCCAGUAAAAAGAGUAUGAAGAGCACGAAGAGUGGAAAGAGUGGCAAGAGCGGGAAGAGCACUUUUACGAAGGAGAAGUAGAUGUUGCUGAGAUGCUAUUUUUUUGGGGAAAGACGAUUUUCAUGUGAUGGAUUUGGUUCCCUUUUAAUGAAUACCUUUUUCUUUUCUUGUUGGAUACACAGAGAUGAAGGGUGCAGGGCAGGUCGGAGGAGACUAAGAAUAUUGUCGAGGAUGGAGGAA